AUGGAAAAUCAAGGUGCAAGUAAUCAAAAACAAGGUGAUGAAACUGGAGAUAAAGAGAUAAGAAAAUAUAUUAAUAGAAUAGAAUUAAAUAUGUUUAUUGGCUCUGAAGCCACGAAUAAAUUAUCACAAGUUUUACCAUAUACAUGUUGUCGUCGGAAACAAUUACGAUUUGAAUGUAUUAAAGAUUAUUUAUUAUUAGAAGAAGAAUUUAUCAAAAAUCAAGAACGUUUAAAACCACAAGAAGAUCGUCAUGAAGAAGAACACUCGAAAGUCGAUGAUAUUCGAAGAUCAUCAAUGGCUGUUGGUAUUUUAGAAGAAAUUAUUGAUGAUAAUCAUGCUAUUGUUUCCACAUCCAUUGGUUUUGAACAUUAA